AUGAGUAAUCUGUCGUCUGAAUGCCCGAAGGGAGAUUCAGUUGCGCCUCAAAAAGACGGCACAGAACAAGCACUGUCAAAUUCUCAUUCCAAUAAUGAUACUUCGGCUUUGAAUCGUAUGAUUUCUUUGGAUUCAUCCAACAAUCUUACUGCUGAAAAUGCUGGUAAAGAUAAGAGCAAGCACAAAUCCAGGUCUGACUUCACAUUCAUCAGGGAAUUAGGUGAAGGCUCUUUUUCAACUGUACAUUUAGCCAAAGAAAAAAGUACAGAUCGAGAGUUUGCCGUAAAAGAAUGUUUCAAAAAACAAAUUAUUCGCGAGCGUAAAGUGCAGCAAAUCUAUCGUGAACGGGAGGCAAUGGCUAUACUAUCGAAAAAAGAGAAUUACCACCCGUUUAUUGUGAACAUCUAUUGUACAUUCCAAGAUCGCGAGUCUCUUUACAUCGUUAUGACUCUUGCAAAGGGUGGUGAAUUGCUUCAUAAGUUGAAGAAAUGUAAGAAGUUCGAUAUCCCAACGACUCGUUUCUAUACGAGUGAAAUAGUUUCAGCACUUGAGUGCAUACAUUCACACAAUAUUAUUCAUAGGGAUCUCAAACCUGAAAACAUACUUUUGUCCGAGAGUGGACAUAUUCUGAUAUCGGAUUUUGGCUCGGCAUGUAUUCUCGGCGUGAAAACACCCGAACCGGAGGAAGAAGAAACUGACGAAUCGCAUAGACGAAGGAAGCGUUUGGUGUCGUUCGUCGGUACGGCUCAAUAUGUUAGUCCAGAGGUGUUGAACGGUCAAGCUGUUGAGCAGGCUUGUGACUAUUGGGCAUUGGGUGUUAUUAUGUAUCAGUUUUUAACUGGUAAACAUGCGUUUCAUGAUGAGAGUGAAUAUUUGAUCUAUCGUAAAAUAUUGAAUGCUCAAUACGAUCUACCAAAAGAUAUACCCGCACAAGCCAGUGAUUUGAUUCAACGUUUAUUGGUGGUCGACAUGGCAAGUCGAUUGGGUUCAAUCAAAAUGGGCGGUGCUGACGCGGUGAAACAACAUCGUUUCUUCGAAGAGGUUGACUGGGCAAACCUGGAAAAUGUUAAGCCUCCACAAUUGGAUGUUUCGUGA